UUCGCGCCCGCCCUCAAACAAAAUGGCGGCGCCGUCUUCGGCUUCGCUUUCUGCCCAGGGAAGUUGCCAGGAGUUGUGGUAGUAGUGGAGUUGCGGCCUAGUGGUGGGCGGGGAGGGGAAAAGGCAGGCGCGCGAUUUUUUCAAAAGCGGAGAAGAGGGAAAGGAAGGCCGUUGAAGGAUGUGCCCACUGUUGAUGUCAGAUGAGCAAUGAUUCCUGCUUAUGCUCAUUGCAUCUUUUCUUCCGAACUCUUUGAAUGUAUCAGCACAUCUAAAUGUAUCUUCCCGCUCUCAGAAACCAGUCAUCGCAGAACUCUCCUUUACAACAAAAAAUUCAGGUUUCUGAGUACAAAAGUCCCACUGGCUGGAAGGCUGGAGAAGGCAUUUCCCCCUCCCUCACCGCCCCUUCGCAGCUACACAUGGCGGAGAAAAGCACCUGCGGGAUAUUGGCCUCCUCCAUCCACAGCGAAGACCUCCUGAGUGACAUGGAGCUCCUGCCAGCCUCAGAACCCACCACUCCAGCACAGCGGGUCCCUAGUUCUCACUCGGCCAGCCUUUACAGCUCCAAGGGGAUGAUGCGACCCUUCACAUCCUUGCGCCAGGAACGACAGACUGAGACCCCAGCCCGUUCCCACUUGGACAGCCAGCCUAGCAGGGCCUUGGCCAAGGAAGCAGAGGCCCCUGAGGUAGACCUGGAUACGUUGGCUGAAGAGCUGAGCCAUCGGCUCUCGACUGGUGUAGAGGCGAGCUCACACAGGAAGCAAGGAAAGCUGUCAUCUCCUUCCUACUUGCAGAGUGCUGCCCCCACAGAGUUGCGUCCUAUCUCAGAAAUGGAGAACGUACGCUGCUACCUGCAGAAUAUGCUUCGUGGGUCCAGAGAGGCUGCUCAUGGAGACGCUGUGGCUCCGGGAAACUUGGAGCGGAAAGAUGACGAUUCUUUCGAGAGCGAUAGCACGGCUGCCCUGCUCAAUGCCCGGCCUCUGCAGGAAGUCUCCCCGCCUGGCUCUUUGAUGGGCCUUGAGGAACUCUUCCCUCGCUACACCAGUUUGCGCCUGGGCCAGAUCCGAGAGCCCUCCUCUUUUGCAGAUUCCCACCACCUGAAGGACUCUUUGGACAAGGAACAGGCUCGGCGGAAGCACUGCGAACGUCACAUCCAGACCUUGCAGCACCGCAUCUUGGAGCUGCAGCAACAAUUGGCUGUGGCCGUCUCAGCCGACAGGAAGAAAGAUAGCAUGAUAAAGCAGCUGGAUAAGACCCUGGCCAAAGUGGUGGAGGGCUGGAACCGGCAUGAGGCGGAGCGAACAACAGUGUUACAUCAACUGCAAGCUGAGAAAGAGGCAGCAGAACAGGCCCUGGGGAGGCAAAAAGAGAAAGUGUCAGAGAUGGAGGGGCGCCUUGAGAAUGCCUUGUCCACCCUCAACCGGGAGCAGCAAGCAGUGAAACAGUAUUGCAAAGAGAAGGAGAUGCUGGAGGCGGAGAAGGCAUCCGUGUUGUGCGACUUGGAGGCGGCGCGGCUGCAGGUGCGUGACUUGGAGGGCAGUUGGGACGUGGAGCAUCGCCAGCGAGAAGCACUGCGAGCUACGCUGGAAGAACAGCAGCAGGACUGGGCCCAGCGGGAGAGGCACCUGGAGCAGCAACGCCAGGCACUGGAGGAAGGGAGCCGGAGCCAGGUGGAGAAGGAGAAGGCGAUGACCCAGCGAGAGGCUCAAAAGGCAGCAGAUGCCCAGAGGGCCCUGGCCUCUGUGCAGUCAGAAGUACAAGUCCUGGGGAGUGAACUGGAGGCUGUCCGGCGAGAGAGGGACAACCUGAAGAUGGAGAUAAGCUUGGUUACGGCACGUUACGAAGCACAGAAGGUAAAGCUGGAGUCAGAAUUGAAAGUGGCCUUAGAACAACGGGUGACAGAACGACUUGCCGAGGUUCACGAGGAGAGCUUGCGCCAGAUGAGUGCCAUGCGGGAGCAGCACAGGAAGCAGCUCUUGGAGUUAAGCAGCCACCACGAGAAGGAGAUGGCCAGCCAGCUGGCCCAGUUCAAGUCUGACCUGGCUGAGAGGGAGGAUCGGCAGAGGCAUCUCACUGCGGAGUAUGAACACAGGGUCUCCAAGCAGGAAGAAGAGAUUCGGGAGCUGCAGGUUAAACAUCGGCGGCUAGAGGCACAGCGAGCUGAGAUGGUGGGUCAGUUCCAGGCUAUGAUGCAAGCCCACUGGAAUGAGGCCCUGCGCCUUUUUGCUGGCAGUGGUGCCUCCUUCCAGACCUGUGUGAAGCCCCAGCAGCAGGAUAACCCCUCAGUUCCAGACCCCACCGUAGACCCAGAACGUCUGCCACCUUCAGAAGCUCUGAAGAAGAUGCAAAAAGUGGACUUUUUUGAGAAUAGCCAGAAGGCAGAAGACAGCAAAGGGUCACCCUGGACCCAGGCGGUCCCCCUCCAGCCUGUCACCCAGCGCAGCAAGUCCCAGGGGCCUCCCGAAGCCCCCGAAAAGUCAAUUCUGGACCCUUACCAGCAUUUUCUCCAUGCCUUUCCUGACAUGGGUCGUCUCUCCUCAGAAUUCAGCCACAUUUUCAACUACAGCCUUCUUAGCCCACAGGGCUUCCAGCAGCUGGAACCCCAGGCGGACACCACUGUGGCAGGCCCAGGUCUGACCUUCCACCCUGAGAACCUUGCAGAGCAUCCAUUCACCGAUGACACAGAUGAGACCCUCACGGAGGGGGCUGGCAUGGAGGGGGAGGCUUCCCACCGCAACAGCUCCGAGAGUGGCAUUCAAGUGCCCCCGUAUGACUUAAAUCACUACAUACGCCUGCUUUGGGACCACUCUGUGAAUGAAAGUGGUGCUCAGAAACAGGAAGGUUUUUCCAUGGUCAACCCAACAGAAACUACAAACCAGACACAGUUUGGGACAUCCCUGUCUUACCGUGAACGGUCCACAGCUCUCUGGGAUCAAGCUCAGCCCAGUACCAUUCGCAUUCAGCCACCCAGCAAUGCUGCUGUCCACAAAACCAAAGUGCCUUUGCCCAGAACUGGGCCAGUCUGCCCAAGUCAGGAACCAGCCAGCCCCCUGAAGCAGAAGCCUGUCCAAGAAAGUGGGAUCCUGUCUCCAAGGCAGGUGGCUGAAGUCUCGCGCCUGCUGAAGCAAUGCCAGGCCAAAGGAAGGCCUGUGCCUUCAACUGGGGAUCUGUAUAACUAUUUGCGUGGGAUAAGCCAGAAUGGGACAGAAAUGAAAAACGAUGGAAAUCUGCAAGCCAGGAGGAACUUGGAUUCAAAAUUAACAGAAACAAUGAGGAAGGAGGCAGUCCCUGUGCGACGCUCAGUCUCCUCAGGAUCUGGCCGCGAGAAGUCCCAGGCCAGUGCCAAAACCGUGAGGAAACAGUCUGGAGGUGCACCACCCUCCAACCCUCGCUUCAGCAGAGGCAGUGGAGGUAUAUGGAGAUGAUCUUGAUCUUGGACUACUUCCUCCUUAGGCCAGUUUGCGUCUUCUGGCCAGUGGGUUUGUGAGCUUUGUUGUAAAAGUUUGCUCUUACUUUGCACAGUUCAUUAUUUUUAUAUGAUUUUCAUUUUCUAAAUAAAAUGAGGUUGAGUUAUUUCUAA